AUGCGGGAGCCUCACCCCGAUAUCACGCCGUACCCGGACUUCAUCAUCGACGCCGCUGGAUUCGGCUUCGUGGCGGGCGGCAUAAUUGGCUUCCCUUACCACUUCAUCAAGGGCAUCUACAACUCGCCCAGUGGCCGGCGCCUCGCCGCCGGCGCUCAGUCUGUCCGCAUAAACACGCCCCCCCUUGUUGGCGUUUCAGCCGCCUAUCUCGCCCUCGUAGAAAUCUUCCACUACACGAUGAUAUCGGCGCGCAAGAAGGACGACUUCUGGAGCCACGUCCUUCCCAGCUUCGCCGCCGGCGCCUGCCUGCCAGUCGGUCGUGGACCACGCGCCGUCGCCACCACCGCGUUCUGCUGUCUUGGCGCGGCCACUACGGUGUACACCGUCAGACACUUCGGCUGUCCUUCCCCGCCCCCGUUUGAAGAUCCCGGCCUGACGCCACCGUCGGUCGUCGACUCUAUUCCUACCGAGUCGGUGAGGGAUGUUGAUCUUCGAUGCACCCAUCACAUCUAG